AUGUGUAACAUUUACUUGGAAAUUUCAAUAGAUAACUUUGGAAUUAUCACCAGAAGUUCUCUCUGUUUUAUUGGUGAACUGAAUUUUACUGAAGACUUUUUUGUUUUUAACUUUCCAAUAGAAAACAACAAAGUUCUACUGCUUUUUGCUUUUUACUAUUCAUUCACGUUGCCUCGAUAUCCAUUGACGAAGACAAGAAAGUCUGAAUACACUACUAACCUUUUCUAUAAAGUGAUGGGAAACACCUCUGACCCAAACUUAAUUUUUUUUUUUUUUAAAGUUCAAAGAAUCCUCUCCAGUUUUCUUCUCUUAAAAUUGUAUGAGAUGGUGAAUCAACCACUUGAGUCUCCGAGCAAUCCACAUUUCUUCCAGCCACUCCUUCCUGGUUUUGACACUCACCUCGUACGUACAACUCUCUCUGUUUUCUCCUCUGUCUAUGUCCCUCUUUUAGAUUCAGUUCUGGUUCACUUUGCCUUUUGUGGUUUGCAGACAAUACCUGUUGCCUUCUUCUCAAAAUACAUAGAAAGAAAAAACAAGCAGAGAACAGCGAAACUAAGAUCAGACGCUUCAGACAGAACAUGGGAAGUUAAAAUAGAAGGUAUGAGACUCACGGGAGGCUGGAAAGACUUCACUACUGCACAUGACCUUCGAAUUGGCGACGUUAUUAUUUUCAAACACGAAGGAGACAUGGUGUUCAACGUCACUCCUUUAGGUCCUAGCUGUUGUGAAAUUCAGUAUACACAAUCUCUCAUCAUCAAGGAAGAAGCUGACAGCACUGAUGAUGAUGACGAAGAUGACUCUGAGAAUCACCAGAAGAUUAGAAAUGGUCUAAAACCCAAAACAGAGCCAAUGUCUUCCUUCUCAUUCGACUACUGUUUUGUAUCAGAAGUCACUACUUCAAAUCUAAAACUAGACACACUUAAUCUUCCUGUGGGAGCUACGAGUUCAAAUGCUUUAAACAAAAGAUGCCACGAAAUGAUACUAGUGAACAAAGAGGGACAAUCAUGGACCGUGAGGUUGAGAUUUAGAGAGUCAGGAGGAAUGUAUUACAUCAGACAAGGCUGGAGAAGGUUCUGUCUUGAUAACGGACGAAAAGUAGGAGAGUUAUUUGUGUUCAAUCUGGUCGGAGAUGGGAAAACUACUCCAAUGCUCUGUGUUUGUCCUGAAGAAGAGUGUUCUGAACUAAUGAGCAAGCAUUUGAGCAGAGAGAGAGGAAGUAGAAAGACAAAGAAGCGUUCUAGAUGGGUAGCUUCAUCAUCCUCAAGAAGAAACCGAUUCCUCACUAUCACUCUCACACGCUACAACUUCAAAACUUCCAAACUUAUUCUUCCUAUAGCCUUCACGAAUACUAAUGGGCUUAGCAAGUACAAGGAGAUAAUCUUGAUGGACAUGCAUGGUGUGAAGCGGUUAACGAAGCUGGUGCAGGAGGGACCACGCAAUGGAAGAAGAGGACUAGGAAGAGGAUGGAAGCUUUUCUGUGAAGCUAAUGAUGUAUUCGGGCUUGGUGUCUCUUUUGUGUUGGAGUUGAUAUGGGAAGACACAGUUCCUGUUCUCAAGUUUUGUUCCAAGGUCAAGGUUGAAACAGCUGAUGUCUGAAGAACAUAAGCGUAUUUUAAUUUAAUGUCUUAAGUUUCAUUAACUCUCUGAUUAAGAGUUUGUGUAACUCUCUGGUUUUAAAACAAUGUUUAGAGUGUUAUUACAUUA